AUGUCAUCAAAUUUAACCGAAAACAGGGUGAAACCCAAGGAGUCGUUAGUGAUAUAUUGUAAAGUAGAUAUUGUUAAAGCCGGCAGUCGAGCUGUUUUAUGGUAUAGAAACACCGGAAAUAUCAUGCAAGUGCUCGGCAAUUCUGAGUUGAUUGCUAUAGACUACCGCAAUUCAAGAUACACAUUAUCUAUCGAUUCGUUCAAUCAGUUGACAGCUGUCUACAAAUUGGUUAUAUCGAGUAUGAAACAUUUUUUUAAUUUGCACUUAUUAGUAACUCAAGUUUAUUUGCGAACCUCAAUUAAAAACUUCAAGAUGUUGAUUAUCAUGACGCAGCCACGAUACAUUGCGUGUCGCCAAUAUCAAAAUCUAUCGGUCUUCCCAAUUCGUAUUCUUUUGCUGUCUGCGAAAUGGCAGAUGCCCCAUUUUGUGAUUGUAUGCUUAGAUUUGGAUGGCCUACUCCAAAAUGUUAUGAGACGCAUGCUGGGUUCAAAAGUAAUACCAAGAGUACGAAAUUUGAAAAAAAUCAAGUUUGAGAAUCGGGAAGUGAAAAAGCAAGAUUCAAAAAAUGACAGCAUGCGAAGGGCUUGCAUUGGAAUUGGUGUUAUAUUGGGGAUUAUGUUGAUCAUUGCAAUUAUUUUGACCAUCAUGUUACUUUUGAGAGAUAUUUCGCAAUUCAUCGACAAAAAACCACAAAAAGGUCUACAUCAUGAUGCACCUAAUUUAGAAAUUGACAAAAAUGUGCGAAGAAAUACAUCUACCGAUAAUGACAAAUCGAAUAUGCUUGCUUCCACGAGUGCAAGCAUUGAAGCAUAUAAUAAAAUUUACUACAAUAAUGAAGUUACAAAGCAGUCUACUUCACCAGAUCAAGCCUAUAACCAAUCGCAGUUAACAUUUGCUGCCAAAAAUUUUAAAACGAGUCAUCAAGACAAAAAUAUUUUCAUAAGUGACGACACUGAAAUUUAA